AUGGAUGAUGAUGAGGCAGACUUGCGCGAGCAGAUAUUCCACAAUAAUGUCAGGGAGCAAAUUAUAUUCCUUCUACUAUUCAUAUUACUGUACCUUGUGUCAUUUAUGCUAAUUGAAAAGUUCAGACGUCGAGACAGCGAGGAUUAUUUCACUGGAGAUGAAGAUGAAGUGAAAGUUUACAGAAUCAGUCUUUGGCUGUGCACCUUUGCACUAGCCGUGUCACUGGGCUCCGCUCUCUUACUGCCUGUGUCUAUAGUCAGCAAUGAAGUACUCAUACUAUACCCUAACAGUUAUUAUGUCAAAUGGCUCAACAGCUCUCUCAUUCAAGGGUUAUGGAACCACGUAUUCCUAUUUUCCAAUCUGUCAAUGUUCGUGUUCCUGCCUUUCGCGUAUCUGUUCUCGGAGUCGUCCGGGUUCCCUGGGUGUAGGGGACUGAGGGGCAGAGUGUACGAGACCUUCAUAGUCCUCGCGUUACUUGGUGUUGCUAUGCUGGGCCUGGCCUACGUUAUCUCAGCCUGGUUGGAAGGCGACCGAUCCAGUAUUGAUGCUCUGCUUAAUUUGUGGACAUACCUACCUUUCCUGUAUUCCUGUGUGUCGUUCGUUGGAGUUCUUAUGUUACUAGUAUUCACUCCGCUCGGCUUCGUGAGAUUGUUCGGCGUGGUGGGCGGGGUGCUCGUCAAGCCUCAGUUCCUCAGGGACCUCAACGAGGAGUACUACGUGUACUCUUUCGAAGAGGACACUAUCAGGCGGCGUAUCAACAAUGCUGUCUCUACAGGAGUGGGCUACAUAUCCCCCGAGCCCAUGUACCCUGACCGCGGUGACAUAUCGGCGCCAUUGGAUGCUGAUGUGUCAAUAUCGAAGGACAGCCAGCGAGCUGCCGAGAAACGAGGCAAGGAGACACCCUUGCUUCGUCUGAGGAAUGGCGCCCUUCAAGCCGGACUCAACGAAAGGCUGCACAGAGUCGUGGCUAUGAGGAAGGAGGUAGAGGGUCAACGCAAGACAUCGUCCCUCCAACGCAACGUGGUGUACCCACUGGCGAUGUUGUUACUGUUAGCACUCACCACCAUCACAGUGCUCAUGGUGCUGCAGAACACGCUCGAACUGCUCAUCGGAAUCAAAGCAUUGCCACUUAGCACACGGCAAUUCACGCUGGGCAUAGCGUCGCUGUCAAAGCUGGGGUGUGCGGGCGCGGUGCUGGAGGCGUUCCUGAUCGUGUACCUGUACGCGGCCUCGCUGACGGGGCUGGGCACGCCGCUGCGCGCGCUGCGCCUGCUGCCGCGCGCGCGCCGCACGCCGCUCGCGCGCAUCAUCGCGCACUGCACGCUACUCCUUGCAUACUCCACUGCGCAUCCACUACUCGUCAAGAUGCUCGGCAUAACGAACUUUGAUUUGCUGGGUGAAUUUGGGCGCAUCGAAUGGCUGGGGAACUUCAAGCUGGUUCUGUUAUACAAUGCCAUAUUUGCGGGCACGGUGACGCUGUGCCUCGUCAGCAAGUUCACGGCUAGCGUGAGGCGUGAGCUGUACAACAGAUUCAGGUGGAUUGCAGAUGUUUUCACUUUCCAAGAGGAAACAAGGCCCAAAGUAGUUACAAAAACUGCAUUAAAUGCAACACAAGCAUCUGUAGAAAGAAGCCCAGCUCCUGAUAAGGUUGAAAAUGUUGACACUGAAGAUUCCAAGACAAAGUGA